AUGGCACCCGUCAAAGAGAGUUGCGUUGAUGUGCUCAUCAUUGGUGCCGGUCCUGCUGGUCUGAUGAUGGCUGCCUGGAUGGCCAAGUGCGGCAUCAGCACACGCAUCGUCGACAAGCGCAGCACAAAGGUUUUCAACGGCCAGGCCGACGGCCUCCAGUGCCGCACACUCGAGAUUAUGGACUCGUUGGGCUUUGGCCACCGCGCGUGGCGCGAGUCCAACCACGUGCUCGAGUUUUGCAUGUGGAACCCCGACGAGGCCGGUGUUUUGCGCCGCAGCGACCGCAUGGCCGACACCGUGCCCGGGCUGAGUCGCUUCCAGCAGUCGGUCCUGCAGCAAGGGCGCAUCGAGCGCUUCUUCCUCGACGAGAUUGAGGCGUGCAGCGAUAUCCGCGUCGAGCGCGCCGUCAUGCCGACAAGCCUCGACAUUGACGAAGCGGCCGUCGACGACCCGGAAGCCUAUCCGAUUACGGUUGCGCUGCGGCAUCUGACCGAGCAAGAGGCCACGCCCGCACAGGUGGCCUCGGCGACAAAGGACGGCUUGUACAGGAGUAAUCUGGCAAAGGACGAUACGGAGGACCUCCUGGCCGCGUCCAAGCUCAACGCAAAGGCCAACAUGGAGGAGAUUGUGCGUGCCAAAUAUGUACUCGGUUCCGACGGCGCGCACUCUUGGACACGCAAGCAGAUUGGCCUGGCUCUCGAAGGCGAAUCGACAGAUUACAUCUGGGGCGUGCUCGACAUUGUGCCCAUUACCGAUUUCCCCGACAUUCGCAUGCGCUGCGCCAUUCACUCUGCCAGCUCGGGCAGCAUCAUGAUUAUCCCGCGCGAGAACAAGCUCGUGCGCGUAUACGUGCAGCUGACCAAGACGGCAAAGACGGGCGACGAGGCGGGCAGUCGCGCUGAUCGGUCCAGCAUCAGCCCCGCGUCCAUACUCGCCGAGGCGCAAAAGAUUAUGGCGCCAUACACGAUUUCGUACAAGACGAUAGACUGGUGGACGGCGUAUCAGAUUGGCCAGCGGGUCGGAACGCAGUUUUCGGUACAUGAACGAGUCUUUCUCGCCGGUGAUGCGGUGCAUACUCACAGCCCCAAAGCCGGUCAGGGUAUGAAUGUGAGCAUGCAGGAUACAUUUAAUCUCGGGUGGAAGGUUGCCAGUGUAGUCAAAGGCCAGGCGAGCCGAUCAAUCCUCAAGACGUAUCAGUCUGAACGGAGAAAGGUGGCGCAAGACUUGAUAGCGUUCGACCACAAAUUCUCUCGCCUCUUUUCUGGUCGUCCCGCCAGAGACGAAACCGAUACCGAAGGCAUCAAAAUGUCCGAUUUUAAGAGUACACUCGAGGACAACAAUGUAUUCGUCAGCGGAACCAAGGUCAACUAUGGUGCCAGCACCAUCGUUGCCAAGGCCGGCGACGCGGCGACUCAGGGAGAUGGAACAGACGUCUCCGCCGGUGCUGAAAGCGUCCGCCUUGUAUCCAAGGAGGAACUCGCGCCCGGGAUCACUGUCGGCAUGCGCAUCCCCAGCUUCAAGGUUCUCAGCCAGGCCGACGCCCGACCGUGGCAUCUCCACGAACUGCUUCCGAGCAACGGCCGGUGGCGCGUGCUCGUCUUUCCCGGCAACGUGCAGAGCCCCGCGCAGGCCGCGCAGCUCGACGCCGUCGCUACAGACUUUGAUGCCGCCCAUUCAUUCAUUUCUCGCUUCACGCCUGCCGACGGUCCGAUUGACGCCGUGUUUGACAUUUUCGCCGUGCACAAGGCCAAGCGCACCGCCGUCACCAUUUUUGACUUUCCUUGCAUCUUUAGACGGUUUUCCGAAACCGACGGAUACGACUAUGACAAGAUUUUUGUCGACGACAGCUCGUAUCAUGAGGAACACGGCGAUAUCUACAAGGAAUGUAGCAUUUCUGAGCAAGGCUGCAUUGUGGUGUUGCGCCCGGACCAACACGUCUCUUAUAUUGGGCCGCUGAAUGAGCCCGCCGCUGUAACGCAAUUCUUCUCCGGAUUCAUGAUAGAACAAGCUAAAUAG